CCGCUGCCUUCCGGGGCUCGGCGCGGUGGCGGCCGUAGCCGGGCAGGAUGCGCUCCCCGUGCCCGCUGCUGCUCCUCGCGGCCUGCUCGCUGCUCGCGCUGCCGGGAGCCCGCGGUAGCCGGGAGCCGCCGGCGGUAGCGCUCAGCCCGGCGGUGAACGGCAGCCGGCCGGCCGUCGAACCGCACGGAGCGGCCGGCAACCACAGCCGGGCCCAGCUGAGCCCCGUGCCCGCGCUGCUCCGAGACCUGUCCGCGCUGAAGGCCGCCGUCAUCGGGGCCUGCGCCCUCACGGCCGCGCUCAUCGCCUGCCUGCUGCUCCGCGUCUUCAGGUCAGGAAAGAGGAUUAAGAAGACCAGGAAGUAUGACAUAAUCACCACUCCAGCUGAGCGGGUAGAAAUGGCUCCUCUCAAUGAAGAAGAUGAUGAGGAUGAAGACUCAACAGUGUUUGAUGUGAAAUACAGGUAGAGCAGUUCUGUGGAGCACUGGUACCCUGCCAGGUGGCAUUCUGCUGUUGAGGGACCUGCUGAAGCCAUAACUGUGAAAGGGGAGGCUUUCAUCUCUGCAGCAUUACAACCAAACCAAGCCUCAUCUCCUCGAGGUGCUGUUUAUAUGGCAGGCUACAAAUCUUCCAACCAAAAUGUCACCAUUAGGUUCCCUGGUUUCCAGACCACUAUGUUGGAGUGAUGGAGUUCCUCCUCGCCAACUCAGCUGUCUCUUGCUUUAAGAGGACUGCUUUGUCACUAAAGCAUGACAAGAUACAGCCCUGUGUACUAACUUGCAGCUCAUUAUGGUCUAAAUAUGUUUUGCAGAAGAAGGAAGAACAGGAAGAUUCAAUCAAGCUGCCUCAAGGACUUAUUUUCCCUAUUCAGUACUUUAGUCACUGUUAAACUUUGCUCACUGUAGAACAGUUCAUACAUUUAAAUAUUAAGAAGGGUAUUUUCUUUCUGGCCUUACAGAAGUGACUUGUGACUUUAGGUGGUAAAAAUGUAAGCCAUGUUAAAAUGCCGUACUAUGUUUAGUAUAGGAUUUUAAGGGGAAAAAGGUGAGAGGUUGACUCAUGCAGAAAAAUUUCUUGACUUGCUACUGAUUUUUUAAACAUUAUAGUUGCACUAAGCUUUCAUAAUGACAUUUUCAUUGUCCCUAGGAGCUCUGAUCAGACCAACAAUAAAUGAGAUCACAGGGAAAUAGGAGGAAUCAGACAUGCCCUACACUACAACAAUCUUGGAUUAAAAAAAAAGAUAUAUUUUUGUAAUUUUCUGCCCUUCCACGGGGAGUUAAAGUGUUUUGUACUGUUGUGUGUCCUAUGCUUACUGUAACUUGUGUACCAGUCAUCUGUAUUACCUUUUUUCUAAGCAGAGUAAGUCCUCACAUGGAAUGAUUUGACUGCAGAAAGACCACUACUUAUAUUUCACGGAAGCUUUAUAUAAGUGAUCUUAAUCUGUAAAAAACUGGAAGUUUUCCCUUACCACCUGCUUGGCAAAUCCCAUUAAACUCAAGGAUGCAUUUUGAACCAUUACUCCCUGCUAUGCUUCACGCUGCAGAGGUCAGAGCUGUGGGAGGACACUAACAAAAUGAGAUAGCUGCAUCUGGAUGGAUCAGGCUAAGGAAACCACAAGCAUGUAUACUUUCCAGGCAGUCAUUAGAAAAGGCAAGCCUAACUGGUUUUGUUUCUUCACAUUGUGGUUUUCCUUUAGAGUAACCACAGAUGCAGCUCAGAUUUCUCUUUGACACUUUUACUCUUCAUUUGCUUCACCCUUGAAACCUUCGUACUUUGGGUUUUAAAGCUGCCUGGAGAACCUUGCUUUUCUUGGGAACCACACUGUUUAUUUUAGGAUUGUCCCAUUGUUUGCUUGACUUACUCCUACAGUUACAGCCCUUCAAGGAGACUGCAGAGUAUCUGGCAAAGAACCAUCCUUGCAGUGAGUUGCCUUUUUUUUUUUUUUUUUUUGUGGAAUUGAUGAUUGCUGAGAACACUAAGCUGCUUUGUCAUGAUACCAUAACCUAUGCUGGUUCUGCACGGUUCCCUUAGGUCCUGCAGUCCGUAAGAGGAGGAGAAGGGAAAUUUCUUUUCCCCAGCAGCCUUGUGCUUUCGUAAGAGUAGCUCCCAUAGCUUGCUUUCUGCAACUCUGACUUAGCAAAGGCUUCACAAACAUCCCACUCAACUGGCAUGGAAAAAUCCCAUGGGAGACUGUCGUGUUACCAUUAGUCAUCAAGGCAAUAUAAAAAUGCUUUGCUAUUUUCAUUCAUGGAAUGAAUUUGAGUCAUUCCACAGUACUGUUACUAAGCAAUAUUUCAUAUCAGCUACUAAGUGAGAGUAGAGGAACUGAUGAUGGGGCCAAGCAGGCUGUCUCCAGGAUGGUAUAACGUGUAAGUACUGGUGGGUUGAGCAGUGCUGCAGAUUGAGAUGAAAGCCAGAGAAUCUUUCCCCACUUUGGUAAAGCAGAUUUGAGAUUCAGGCUGGAUGAUUCUGAAGGAAAUAGCAUGCCUCUUCAGGACUAAAGUACUUUGAAAAGCAGGAACUAAAUUUAGAUAGGUAGAAUCCUUCUUAAGUCAAAGAAGUGGCGAUGCUGAGAGGAAAGCUAGGUUAAAAGCUCCUUUUGCAUUUGCUGAAGGAGGUGAUGAAGGGCAGUAGCUGUGCUUUCUGAGCAAACACCAUGGCAACAUGUUCAUGUCCACACUUCUGCCAAAUUCAUUAAGCUGAGCAUCAGGCAUUCUGGAAUUGGUGGGGAUAGAGGGAAUAAAGCCUCCUUGCACAAAAGAGGGGCAAGACCAGGUGACAAAGGAGAAAGAUGAGAGGAGCAUAAAGGGUACUUCUUUCCAAGGGCAAGUCAGUUCUUGAAAUGAAUUAUUUCCACCAACUUCAGGUUACUUGCAGAGUUAAGCUGGCAGAGGCCAUCUGCUCCACUUGCUUGUGGCUAAAAACCCCACUGUUUUAUAACAUGGACAAAUCUCAGUGGUGGAUGGGGACCAAGCAUUUCAGAUGUUGAAAAUAGAGGUGCUCAGCUUGCUCCUCAGAGAGGUCCCAAAUGAUGUGCCAUAAGCUGAGGAGUGCUGGGAGGGGGGGGAGCAGCUACUUGGUCAAAAUAAAAGGCUGACCUCACCCACUGCUCACGGUCAUGAAAAUAACCUGAAUUCUUUGUUUGAUGUUGCUCAGUUGCUGUUGCAAAUGUGAGGCAAUGUUUACCUCUAUAAAAGUUGCUGUAUGUGAUUUAAAUUGUCUAGUUAAAUAUUCUAUAGCUAUAUUUAGUUAAGAUUUUAAGAGCACUUGAUGUGACUCAUCUAAUAGUAUAUAUAAGAAUAUUUUUUUAAUUGUAGGAAUUAGUUUAAAACAUAGUUUUAAUAAUUUGGACUGUUUUUCAGGUAGAUCUAUUUCAUUGGAAAGGAAUAACCAUUAACCACUACAUGAAUGUUUUACCUUAACAUUCUGUGCAUCUUACAGUGCAGAUUUAAUCUGAUUGUGAUUGUCUCUUAGUAUUUGCUGCUAUUUUGUGUUGCAUAGUCGAGCUUGCUUUGUUCAAGAGCAUUUUAAAGGCAUUUUUCUGUUACAGAAAAUGAAAAGAAACAUUAUUACAGAUGUCUGCCUGCAGCUUGCUCACUGCUUACAAAAUCCACUGACUAGUAGCAGAGUCAAACAGAGCAAGCAAAUUAGAGGCUUUCCUCUUUGUGCAUGCUGUGCUGCGGAGGAAAACCCUGCACAGAAUCACAGCUUCGUUACUCCAACUGCAGAAGUCAGCGUGCCAUGUUUGCCUGCAGGAUUAAGGCAGAAAUGCACAGGUAGUAUUUUUCCCUUCCCUGAAAGAUGUGGAGAUGACUGCAAACACUUGUUCAGCACACUAACUUGUACACAGGUCAAUGCUUAUCCUAAGCUCCAAACGACUUGUAGAAGUCUAAUGAACACUUAAUUGCUAAUGCAUUUGAACGUUUUGUUCAUUACUGCUCCCUCUAAAGCACUGUACGUGGCAUAAUCUCUGCAGGGUGGCACACCAUGGUUUUCAUUAAGGUUUUUUUCUUUUGUUACAUGGCUUUCUGCUGCUG